UAGCUUACCUUUUCCAAGUCUCAAAGGUCUGGCCUCUCAAGUCUUAUCUUGUUGUGUGCAGAAUACAGCAGAAAAAUAUCAAACUCAAAGGCCUCUAGCCUAUCACUCAGUCCCUCACUACCCAGAUAAUUUCAUCAUAUGUGACGUCAAAACAUGUUGUUCACGGUUCACCAACUGUACUUCUUGUGUUGAUGCAGGUUGUGUCUUCAUUGAAUGCAGUGUUAAGAAUGUUACAGAGAAAAAAUUUGAUCCUUUUUGUGAGAAGGAUAAUGAAAUCAUUCAACCCAGCAAAGAUAUGUGUCCAGGAGAUUUAAAUAACAUCUCUCAGUCAGCACUCUGUGGCCAUGCAAAUGUGGAUGAUGAGGUUAAUGGCUUUUCUUCAGAUGUUCCAAAUUUAAAUGUUUAUUCAACUAUGGACCAAAGCCCAUCUGCUGAGAUUCUAACUACAAGUACUAAUGAUACAGAAUUGCCUACAACAACAUCUAAUGCUCAAUCUACAGUUUCUGCAGAGGAGAUCACUACAUUUUCUCCAGAUAUCUCAACUGAAAACAAAACCUCUUCAGUUGUUUCUGCCUCAUCUCCAUCUGCAGCUCCAUUAUCUGCUCGUAGGUUUGAUGCUCCAAGUUUUAUUGGGGGAAUUGUUUUGUCACUUGGAUUUCUAGCCAUUUUGUAUGUUGGGUUUAAAUUCUAUAAGGCCCACACUGAGAGGAAUUACCACACUUUGUAAAGUUCUUUUGUCUUGGACAAAAUCACAUGAGAUUUAUCUUUUGUAGGAAGAAAGAAAUCAUAUAUUAU